GGCAGAGAUUGCUUUGAGAACUGUAAGAGGAAGAGGUGAUUCCAGAGGGCUCUUAGCAUCCCACCACACAAAUGGGGAACAGUGGUAGUUCCACAGUAGAUGAUCUGCAAGCUGUUGAGAUCCACCAUUGGUACAAAAAGUUUAUGACCGAGUGUCCAUCAGGACAGCUGACUGAGCAUGAAUUUAAACAGUUCUUUGGGCUUCGGGGGCUGGAUCCAGAGGCCAAUGAGUACAUCGAACAGAUGUUCCGCACUUUUGAUAUGAACAAGGAUGGGUAUAUCGAUUUCAUGGAGUAUGUGGCUGCACUCAGCCUCGUUCUCCGGGGAAAGAUGGAACAGAAAUUACGUUGGUACUUCAAGCUCUAUGAUGUGGAUGGUAAUGGCUGCAUUGACCGACAUGAACUGCUCAACAUCAUUAAGGCUAUUCGUGCUAUUAAUGGCUGUGACCAUGAAACUAGUGCGGAGGAGUUCACCAACCGAGUCUUCAAUAAGAUCGAUGUCAAUGGCGAUGGUGAGCUUUCACUGGAUGAGUUUGUGGAAGGAGCCAGGAAAGAUGAGGAGUUCAUGGAGGUGAUGAUGAAGAGCUUGGACCUGUCACACAUUGUGACCAUGAUCAAUAACCGGCGGCACAGUGUCUAGAGCCAUCUCGGAGAGAGAGCGGUGUGUGAAAGAGAGACUACAGAUGGGUGUGCAACUAGGUAAAGAAGUUGGGGGUGAGAAUAAAACAGAUAAUGUAUGUGGGUUGAGCGAGAUGUGGUUCUGUGUGUGUGUGUUUUCUUUUGCGUGUCUGUGUGUGCUUGAACACAUUCUGCAACUCAGACACAUACACACAACACUGGUUCAGCAAACUUGGACCCCUAUGAUGCUAUUUGAUUGGCCUUCUGGGCCAAAAGGACCAAGUGCACACCUUUCUCCCCUCCAUCUGCCCCAGAUUGCUCUGACAUGCCCAAUAACAUGGAGAGUGUCAAACCCAUGGGGUGGGGCAUAUGUUUGUGUCUGUGGCAAAAGCUUGGAGAAAAGUGAGGCUGGAAAGCCUCAGGGGAUUCAGCUUUUAUUAGCAUAGAAAUCUGUCAGCACAAAGCAACUCAUGCUUCACUUGACGUGGCAUUGGUGUGAGUGCACUAAUGGUCCUGAUAGCACUUCAUCCUCCCUUGGUUGGGUGAAGCGCACGUGUGCUGUAGGUUUGGCAGCCUGUCUGAACUGGCCCUGCUCACACAAAGCCAACUAGCUAGAAGAAACAAAUUAACCACUAAGUCUGUGGUUCCCCAAACUUUUUACUAAGGUGACUCAUCAACUGCAUUUUUAUCUUUUUUAUGACCCCCCCCCUUUACAUAUAUACACCCUCCUCCCUGAUACCUCCCUGCCUAGUAUAGUGGAGAGGUCGUGGGAGAAGCUGCUCUGUACUCAGCCCCACAAGAGUAGCUCCCAUCUCACAGAACUGGGCCUUUUUCCCGGCUCCAGGUGUUGCUACCUGGUGCACAGGGUCACAGUGCCACUCAGGUUUGGCCCAGCCACCCCUUUGUCAUGAAGGAGGAGAGACUACGCCAAAUUUGAGUGAGAGGCAUUGUGACCCCAUGCACCAGGUCACAACGCCCAGUAUGGGAGCUGGACCCACUCCAUGGGAUAGGAGAGACUGCACCAGGCCAGGACAAAUGUAUGUUUGCUUAGGGCCCCAUGACCUAUCUAGAACCUUCCCAUGACCCACUAGUGGGUUGGGACUCACCAUUUGAGGAGCACUGCCCAGUGGUGAUGGGUCCUGUUCCCCGCUGACUCCCAGGUACUGAACUGCAUUGGGCACCAUUAUUAGUGUUGUUUGCAGCUUUUGCCAGAACAUGGAAUUCUUCCAUCUGAUUAAAGGUGCAAAGUGCAGUCACACUGCAUGGUGGAAGGAUCUCCACCCAACUUGGAAAGCCAAAAGCAGUAUCCCAGUGAGAAGCCCUCUCUGUGGUCUUUGCACCUCUCUGUGCUCUUUGCACCUGAAGCCAUGGCUCUGGUAUCUCAGAGCCAGUUGCCUCUCUGUUUUGCAUAGGGACAGCCAGUAGAAUCAUGAAACCAUCCCUUUGUCACAUAUUCUCUGUUUUCUUUUCAAUGCAGCUAACAAAUAGUCUGGUUUCUGAUACUGUGGCUGCCUGGCUGAACCCAAUGCUGUACUUCAAACCAACACUGUUUGUAAACUGGUCUGCACCUUUGCUCAUGUGGGGUACUGGUACUGCUGGCAGAAAGCUGUGGGGUGGGGAGAGGCAAAGCUCAGCAAAUAAAUUAUGACUUGCACCAGAGUGCAUAUUCCCAGCUGCGGAUUUGUUGGCUGAACAGGGUGGAAGGGGAUUACUGCCACCGCCCCAACCUAACUCAAGUCCAGCUAAGUGUGACAGAGAGACUUAUAGACACACACCUUUCAUCAACCUCAUGAAAUUCCUAAGAAGACGAUUGUGGUUCACUGUGUUGGAUUUUGCUAAUCCAGUGAGAUCAAAGCACAAUUUCUAUGUCAAACUCUGCUGUACAUGAGUUUUCCUCUGCAAGGGACAUUUACUGCUUCCAUGUACAUUUUGGGGGCUGAGGUGGCUCCUAUGAAGAGAGGGAUGCUGCAGUUGUCCUUCUGGCUAGGUGCCAGUGGAACUCUGGGUAGAAUGCAGUGUCAAGAGUAUUUCUAGUGACACUGAGCCGUUGCUCCAGAGAAACUCAAGUGAUCUGUGACCCCUGCCGCUAUGCUGUGCAUAGGGAGGGAUGCACACCAGUGUCUGCUGCAUGGGGAAAAUCUAGUUUUUGCUUUAAUAGGACACUAAAGAAUUUUCUGUAUAUGCUGCCGAUGUUCAAGAGAAGUGACUAAAUAGUUACAGAUGCUUGUCGUGUCUUGUGCUGAGUAGCUCUACAUACUUUUGAGCAUAUAUAAUAUUCUUGGCAUGUGCUGAAACACAAAUACACCUGUAUAAUGCAGUCUCCAUAUUAAUUUUGGCUAUCUGUAAGUAUUUAGUUAUUUUUACACUAUUUAAGUCAGCUGACAUGUCCUUACACCCUGCACGUCACCCCUUUUCACAGCAUCCAUCACAGUCAAUGAAUGCUUUGCACUAACAAGGCAAUGGGCAAAACAUGGCUUUAGUGAGGUGCAGGAAGUUGGUGCUGUGUUUAGACUCAUUAGUCCUGUUCCUUUUUUUUGUUGGAGAAUUUUAUUGUUUGCCUGUUGUCUCUGUGGCCAGUCCAUCCUGUGACUGAUGGAGCCUGCAGGGCAUGUGCCUUUAUUAAGAAGUUUUGUUGUUUUGAAGGGAUGGGGAGGAUUUGUAAAUAGGAAGUUAUUUUUGGAAAUAUUUGGCUUUCUUUGUAUAGUUAAGAAUAAAAAAUUCUAUAAAUCCAA